AUGUUUAUGAAUAAAAAAAAAACUGAAAACUUAAAGAGAAAAGUUAAUCUUUACAAUACCCUUCUUCUUCUUCCUCCUCUGUUUUCUAAACGCUUUGAUUUCGACUCACUUUCCAUAUAUUUAUUUCAAGAAUUGGUAAUCCUAACCACCAUGCAAGAUAUCAUUGACAAUCGGUUUCUACUUUUAGAAUUAUCAUAUUUAGACGAUGACGAUGAUGAUGGUGAUACAGAAUUUACUACAGUCAGUCAUUCUACUUCAAUAGAUUCAUUUUUUGACAUCCAUAAAAGUGACUUUAUUACUACUACCACAUCAAGUCAUCAUCAUAAUAUGGGAGACAAAUUAAAAAUUGCAAACAAUUUCAAUAGCAAGAGCCAAAAAUUAGCCGCUACAAUUCAAAAAUGGUGUUUCAAAAAAUUCUCCAAAAAAUCAAAAGUACAACUAGAAUCAGAUAAAGUACCACUGGUGAUUUCAAAGGAUCUUCAUUAUAGUGAUGACCAAUUUGUUUAUUUUGAUCAAUCAACAGAAUUAGAAAGAAAUAGAAAUACUGCCACUAAUCAAUCUAUAAAGCAUAUUACAAAUAUCGUAGCUUGA